AUACACGAUUCAACCGGCGUUUAUCAUCAAUUUCUGAAACUUUCUCCCCAGAGUUUGUACAAACUACCUUAGUACACCCGAGAUCGGAUCAAAAAUAAUAUUUUUUUUAUAAUCAUGAAGCUGUAUAUAGUAUUGGUUAUUCAAAUUCUUGUUUGUGUUAAUUUUUGGAGCAUUGAAGCAGCUUUAAAACCGAGAGAAUGCGAAGUUUGUAUAAAGUUUCUCACUAAAGUCCAAGGCUCACUUGAACCGAAAGAAGAAGGGAAUCCAAAGGCAAUAGAAAAGAAACUGAAAGCAGCCUGUAAGAAGGCUAAGACCAAGGACAAYAGAUUUUGUUAUUACAUUGGUGGUACUGCYGAUGCUGCAACAGGAAUGUUAGGUGAAAUUACUAAGCCUAUGAGCUACUCUAAACCUGUUGAGAAAAUCUGUGAAAACCUGAAGAAGAAGGAUGGCCAGAUCUGUGAAUUACAAUAUGAACAAAAGAUUGACCUUAAGAAUACAGAUCUAAAGAAACUGCGAGUAAAACAACUGAAGAAGAUUUUAAAUGACUUUGAUGAACACUGCCAURGCUGUGUAGAAAAGUCAGACUUCAUCAAGAAAAUACAAGAAGUGAUGGCUCAACACUCAGAACUAUAGAUUAUUUCUUUUCCAUUCUUAUAUACCAAACUAUUGUAAUUAGUACAUAUUGCAAAAUCAUUGUUUGGGUUCAAACAUAGAACAUAGAAGGUAAGACCGGAAUGGUACAUGUUGUAAAGUACAUUGUUGUUUUGACAGAAAAGACAGAGGCUUGUAACUCAUUUUUCAUAUCGACAUUUUAUCUCYAAUUGAAUACACCUACUUGCAAGAAAGUUGUCAUACAAUAUUAAGACAUUAGUAAUUUAGUGAGAAAGGAAUACAUUAAAAGACAAAAGAAAAAGUUCAGCUUCAGUGAUCUUCUUUUGUUUUUUAAUAUAAUUCCUAUCCCACUAAUUCACUAAUGUUCUAUUUUCGUAUGACAACGUUCUURCAAGUAGGUGUAUAUCAGAGAAAAAUCAUGUCAUUUAUCAGCAAACCUUUGUGUCACAUCUUCUAUGUUCUAUGUUUUUAAACCUGACAAUAAUCUUACAAUUGCGUGUAUGGAAGAACAGAUUAAAUGACUGCAGUUUUUUUCUUUA